CGCACCUCUUCUUGUCCCACCUUCAACCCGAGGGAGCCAGGAGAAGCCUCGGCGGCCCGGGCUCACAAGAUGUUGAGCGCACGUCCGGGACGGCGCUAUGCGCGGGUCUCGCGGUGCGUCACCUUCAGCGCGAGCCACAGGCUCCACAGCACAUUUCUCAGUGAUGAAGAGAAUCUAAAAGUGUUUGGGAAAUGUAAUAAUCCCAAUGGCCAUGGGCAUAACUAUAAAGUUGUGGUGACAGUACAUGGAGAGAUUGAUCCUGUAACAGGAAUGGUUGUGAAUCUGGCAGAGCUGAAAGACAUUAUGGAGGAGGCAAUUAUGAAACCACUUGAUCAUAAGAACUUGGACCAGGAUGUACCCUACUUUGCAGAUGUUGUAAGCACAACAGAAAAUGUAGCUGUAUAUAUCUGGGAAAACCUUCAGAAAAUUCUUCCUGUGGGAGUCCUUUAUAAAGUCAAAGUGCAUGAAACUGACAAAAACAUCGUUGUCUACAAGGGAGAGCUAUCAGCCUUUGGGGAUUAGUAUUACCAUCUGAACAUUAAAUUCAUGGCUAAUAUUUUUGGAAAAGGAACUUUAUCCUUUGAAGUAUUAAUAAGAUGCCACAGAGAUGCUACAGUUGUGUUCUGAAAUAUCUGAAUGUAAAAAAAUAUUUCAAAUUGGCAGAAUUUUUCAUUUAAUUCUAGAGAGCUAUACUUUACAAAUAAAAACA